AUGAGCGAUGGAGGUCUAGAGAGCGGAAUGGCAAAACAUCCAGACUCAGAGAAGCCUCGACUGAAUGAUGAGAAGGAGGAGGAAGAGCAAGAGAACUCUCCGUACCCCGAGGUGCGCGCGAGUGUUCCCACGGGGGACGAGGUUGAUCUGCCUGUGAACACCUUCCGAGCCUGGGUUUUGGGGAUUGUUGGAACUAUGAUUCUUACGGCGCUGAACCAGUUCUUCCAGCUCCAUUCGCCUCCGAUUUUUCUGUCUUCUUACCUCGCAAUUCUGAUCACCUUGCCAUGUGGAAAGCUGAUGGCUGCCACACUCCCUACUACAACCUGGAACAUAAUGGGCUGGCGCUUUACUCUUAACCCAGGCCCUUUCAACCAGAAAGAACACUCGAUCGUGGCUAUCAUGGCUUCUCUCGUUACGGCAUUCGACAACGGCUCUCUUGCCUCGGACGUCUAUGUGGCCUUUGAUAAAUUUCUGAAUAUCCCCGUCUCGGUGGGGUAUCGUUUCGUGUUUCUGCUUACCACACAGGCUCUAAGCUUUGGGAUCGCGGGCUUCUUCCACAGGUUCCUUGUUGAACCCGCGUUCUGCGUCUGGCCGGCUGCACUGCCCGUUUGUUCCUUGCUGCACUCGUUCCAUGACAACUUCUACCAGGGCCAAAUAGCAAAUGGAUGGAAGAUCUCGCGAAUGCGGUUCUUCUGGGUCGUUUGUGGCUUUGGCGCCGCGUAUCAGUUUUUGCCAGGCUAUCUCUUCACGGGCCUUAGCACGUUUGCCUGGGUCACUUGGAUUGUGCCGAACAAUGUGGCCGUCAACCAAGUCUUUGGAGCGACCUCGGGAAUGGAUCUACUUCCCUUGACUCUCGACUGGAACCAGAUCACAGGGUAUCUGGGUUCCCCCCUUCUCGUACCUACAUGGGCUCUCGUGAACGUUUUCUGCGGGAGCGUCUUCUUUCUCUGGGUUAUUGCGCCGGCUCUUCAUUGGAGUAAUGUCUGGGAAGGCCUGUACUUUCCCUUUUCAUCUUCAGACACCUUCGACAAUACGGGACAAGCAUAUAAUACCACCCGCGUGAUGAACUCCGACUACUCACUCAACGAAACUGCCUACUUUGAUUACUCGCCCGUGUAUCUCUCCACAACGUCUAUUCUCUCCUACGGGCUUGGGUUCGCCUCAGUCAUCUCGGUAAUCAUCCAUACUGCUCUGUACCAUCGGGAAGUCGUGUGGAACGGUCUCCGGGCCACUUUCGGAAACACUUCGCCGGGUGAGAAGGAGGACAUCCAUUCCAAUGUAUUAUUAUCUCCCCGAGCUCCUUUUCCUUUGAUGAAAAACUACAAGCCUGUGCCGCUAUGGUGGUACGGUGGUAUUUUCCUCGCCAUUUUCGGUAUUAGCGUUGCCUUUCUCUACGUCUAUGACACGGGCCUGCCCUGGUAUGGACUCAUCCUGGCCAUCGUACUGAAUGUGGUGCUUGUCAUACCCACGGGUAUAAUGAUGUCGACUUGCAAUGUCACCCUGUCAACGACGGUCAUCUCUGCCCUGAUCGCCGGGUACAUCUGGCCGGGUCAAAUGGUAAACAAUGUGGUAUUCAAGAUUUUUACCAUUGUCUCAUCAUACCAAGGGUUGGGAUAUAUCCAAGAUAUGAAGGUCGGCCAUUACAUGAAAAUUCCUCCACGAGUCACUUUUGCUGCUCAGUGCGCUGGGAUCCUCGUCUCAUGGCUUACGCAGACGGCAGUCAACAUCUGGGCAAUGGGCAAUGUCAAAAACAUAUGCACCGCAAAAGCUGAGAAUGAUUUUGAAUGCCCCCUCGCGGCCGGAUACUCGACCAACGCCGUCUUCUGGGGCCUCAUUGGACCCAAGCGCCUCUUCGCCUCGGGAUCUAUGUAUAGGCCCAUGCUAUGGUUCUUCCUCAUCGGGGCCCUGCUCCCCAUCGUGCUGUUUAUCAUUGACAAACGCUACCCACGCGCAAGGUUACGAAAGGUCCAUCUCCCUGUCAUUUUCGCCUCGACCGCAUCAAUCCCGCCCGCCACAGCUGCCAACUAUAUCGCUUGGGGUGUGGUGGGCUUAUUCUUCAACGGAUACCUGAAGCAGCGGUACCGCGCGUGGUGGAUGAAAUACAACUACCUACUCUCUGCGGGACUGGAAGCCGCGCUCGCCGUGGGCACGUUUCUGAUCUUCUUCUGCCUGUCGUAUCCGGCCGUCGAACUCAACUGGUUCGGAAAUACUAUUGCCAGCACGACGGCGGAUGGGAAGGGGACUCCCUUGCGGGUUGUUCCGGAGGGGAAGACAUUUGGACCCACGACUUGGAAUUAG